AAGAAGAGGAAGGAGAAAACGCCUUGCUGAAAGAGCAAGAAAGAAAAAAAUUAAGAGAGGUGGUAGAUAGUUAUGCUUCACCUACUGAGCGUCCAAUAACAACCAAACUUGUUUUAGAUGAAGAUGAAGAAACCAAAGAACCCUUGGUUCAGAUUCAUAAAAACCUGGUUACCAAAUUGAAACCUCAUCAAAUAGAUGGUGUUCAGUUUAUGUGGGAUUGCUGUUGUGAAUCUGUAAUACAAAGAAAGAAAUCACCAGGCUCAGGAUGCAUUCUUGCCCACUGUAUGGGUCUUGGAAAGACACUACAGAAUUAUGGCUAUUCCUUUCUUAAUGACCAAGACUUUCACCGGGCGAUUAUUCUGAGUCCUUACUUGCCCAUCUUCAUUGAUAAUGAGCCAAAUAGCAUCCUGGCUUCC